GACACAUCCGCUUCCUGUUCGGCGAGCUUUGCCGUUAAUCGUACCGCUUCAUCGCCCGGCUGUCACGCUUGUUUGUGGAGGAGGGGGUGGGAUUUCCGAAGAAAGGAAAAGGCAGCAACCGAGACGACACGACACGACAGGACAGGAGUUUCUCCGAUUCCAAGAGCAGAGUGAGAAUGGACUGAAUUGGAAAUGAGGAGUGCCUCCCAGGGUUCAAGACCAAAGUUGGGAACCGCUGACCCUGAAUCCCCGCCCAUCAAUCAACAUGGCGGCGCAUGUGUCCUGACUGAAGCCUCUGGCCUACAUGAUGGUGACCUGUUCCUAUGGGUGACUGGAACUGGACACGGUACUCCAGAAGAAGCCCUCACCAAUGCAGGAAUUCACUGGAAGGAAACUGGUUGCAGCUAAGUCUGCCUGAGCAAGAAGCUUUACUGUGGAGUAUUACCUGGACGAUUCAUCCUCUUCUGGAGUCUCUGUAUUUCAGUUCAGAUGAAUAAAAUCAUUCAACAGCCUGUGGGAUUGGGUUCAAAUAACGACCAAAAUUGGGUUUCAAUAGGAGACAUCAAGGCCACUCGAUUUGUCAGGACCUGGCUAUCGUCAGCCUUGAAAGGUGGAAGGAGAAAUAUUAUUCACUGGGCAAAGAUUUCAAACAUUAGUUUGGCUGGGAAAGCAUCGAUACAGGCGCUCACCCAAGUGGAGAGUGUUCCAGUGAACUGACUGUGGAAAGAUCUUCAACCAGUUACACAGACUUGUUCAUUCAUUCGUUGGAUGUGGGGGGAUUGCUGGCUAAGCUGGGGUUUCCUUCCCAUCCCUAAUUGUCGAAAGGACUGUUCAGGAUCAUCCCCAUUGCCAUGGGUCUGUAGUCACAAGUAGGCCAGAGGAGAUAUGAAUGGCAGAUUGUUGCCCUGAAGGACAUUAACGAAUUCAGUGAAAUGUUACAACCAUCACGGUCACCAUUACACCAGUUUUAUUUUCCAGUUUCCAGAUUUUCAUUGAAUAUAGUGUCACUGUUUGCCGUGGUGGGAUUUGAAUCUGCGUCCUCAGAGCACUAAGCUGGGCUUCUGGGUUACCACUGCCUCCCCUGAGUAAGAGUGUGCCAGUGAACUGACUGGAAAGAAAUUUCUCCAGUUACACAGACUUAAAAAAAAGUCUUACCAUCCACUGCAAGAAGAGAAUAUCCAUGUUUUCUGGGGGUAGAGGGAACUUCUACUGAUUGUUGAAACUGGAGAAACUAAAGGAUACGUGUGCCAUGAAGAAACUGCGGAGAUGUGGGGAGUGUGGGAAAGGGUUCCAUUGCUCAUCGCAGCUAGAGAUUCAUCGGCGCACUCACACCGGGGAGAAGCCAUUCAUCUGCCACGUGUGUGGGAAGGGAUUCAGUGAUCCCUCUAACCUGCUGACACACCAGCGAGUGCACACCGGGGAAAGGCCGUUCAUCUGCUCUGACUGUGGGAAGGGAUUCACUCAGUCGUCCAACUUGAUGACACACCGGCGAGUGCACACCAGGGAGAGGCCGUUCCCCUGCUCCGUGUGUGGGAAGGGGUUCACUCAGUUGACCAGCCUGCUGAAGCAUCGUGGAGGUCAUACCAAUGAGAGAUCUUUCAAGUGCUCUGACUGCGGGGACGGCUUCAAAAGCUCUAAGGACCUGAGGGCCCACCAGCGAAUUCACACCGAGGAGAGACGGUUCAUCUGCUCUCACUGUGCAAAGAGGUUCAGAACGUCGUUCAACCUGCUGACCCACCAGCGGGUUCACACCGGGGAGAGGCCGUUCACCUGCUCCGAGUGCGGGAAGGGAUUCAGUCAGUCACAACACCUACGGAGACACCAGCUGGUACACACCGGCGAGAAGCCAUUCAUCUGCUGCGAGUGCAGGAAGGGAUUCACUCGGCUGUCCACCCUGUUGACACACCAGCAAAUUCACAAGUGACCGCUGGGGAUGGAUUCUGUCAUUGCGGCUGUACAGUCAGUUACGUCAGACUGAACGCUGUUCAUUCCGAAAGUUGGAGUCUGUUUCUCCUGAUGUUCAUGUGCUCUAAGGUGGAAGCUAAUAUUCUGUUUCUGUUAAUUGAAUCAGAGCCACUGAAACUCCCUGGGGAGGCAAUGCUUUGGCAGUGUUAUCGUGGACUGUUGACCCAGGUCAUGUUCCUGGCACCUGGGUUCAACGGAUGGUGGAUUCAAUGCGUAUCAACGAAUCAAACCUGGGUCCCUGGAGCUGUGAAGCAGCAGUGCUAACCACUGAGCCACAGUAGCAAUGCUCCUUUACUGUCCUGGAGCUCCCUCCAGAAUGGAAUUGGUUCUGCCUACUGCUCGCUACCACCUUCUCAAGGGCAACUAGGGAUGGCUAAUAAAUCCUGGCCCAGCCAGUGACACUCGUACCCACCUGCAUGAAUAAACAAAUGCAAGCGUUGACUGCCUUUGACAUCAAGGCUGCAGACUAGUCAGUAUGAGAAGCAAUGGUCAGUGUCAGGCACCUGUGUUCGAUUUCACCCUCAGUCGACCGACUUCUCCCCGCGUCAAUGUGCGGGAUGCUCUGGUUUCCUCCCACAGUCCAAAGAUGUGAACGGCAAUGUGGAUUGGCCGUACUAAAUUGCCCAUAGUGUCCAAGGAUAUGCCGAGGGUGGCACGGUUAGCACUGCUGCCUCCCAAACCCCCCCCCCCCCAAAAAAAUUUUGGAGUUCCACGUUAGUCAUGGAUUUAUCUGCCCUGGCCUGUGAAAUAUCCAGACUCUCGACCGUUUUCAGGGAAGGCAAUGGCCUGGUGGUAUUAUCGCUGGACUGUGAAGCCAGAGACCCAAGUAGUGUUCUGGGGCCCCGGGUUUGUAUCCCACCACGGCAGAUGGUGUCAUUUGAACACAGUAAAAUCUGGAAUUAAGAAUCGAUUGUUGGCAAAGCCCAUCUGGUUCACUAAUGUCCUUUAGGCAAGGAAACUGUCAUCCUUACCCAGUCUGGACUACACAUGACUCCAGACCCACAGCACCAUGGUUGACUCUUAACUGCCUCUGGGCAAUUAGAGAUAGGGCAAUAAAUGCUGUCCCAGCCAGUGCUGACCUCAUCCUGCAAGUGAAUAAAUGAAUUUUAAAAAUAUUUUUGCUCAACACUUGACUUAAACGAACUGUUUCCGGUUCUGGUCAAGGGGAAAGGGGAAAUAAUCUCUCAGCACCCACCUGGUUGAGUCCCAUCAGGAUCUUUUGUGUGUCUCAAUAAUUGCUGCUGAACUCUAAAAGGAGACUGGCCCAACCUAUCCAACCCUUCCUCAUAAGAUCCACCGCCCCUUCCUACCCAUCCUCGGUAUCAUAGGGACCAAAAGUGUAUAUUGUACGCCACAUGUGGCCUGUGACGAUAUGAUGGCUUUACCAAGUGUACUUCUGUCCUAUUUUGUCUUUAGUGAAGAAAGGUUGAGACAAGGGGUGACAAUCAAUCUACACAGAGUCAAUAAACCGCUUGAGAGGCCUUGGGUUUUUCUUAAAAUGUUCAAACAAUAGAAGCAGUCUGAAUGGGUGGGGUCAAGCUCCCAUAGAAUCAGGACUUUUAGUAUUAGUUUUUCGGUACCCGUUGCUGGGAUCUUGAAGCUGGAUUUGGAAGUUGCAGUACAUCUCUCCCUGCUACUCACUCUCACUCUCUCUGAAUCUUCUGAAUGUUUUAUUUCCUUCUGCACUCGAGAAUUGCAGAUGAGACAAUCUAUUUUACUGAAUUUGCCUUUGCCAAGAGUGUGGUUAUGGGAUGUUACUAUACUGGAACAGUUGCUGUUUCGUAGUUGAAUAAUUUAUGAUUCUGUUACAUUUUCCAAUGGGAGUUAAGUUAUCACUAUUUCUUUCUGUUGUUGUAUUUUAACUAUAAUGUUUUGAAUAAAAUGUGUUUUACUUCAAGACCGGUAGUUUGCUCAAUUGAAUUGCAGCUGGAAAGCUACCAAACAGGGCUACUAACAGGCCAAACAGCAUAAGGAGUGAUUG